AUGCAUUUCCAGAAAAUAUUCAUUUCUCUCACGGAAAUUCGAGCAUUAAAUCUGAAUAUCCGCGCUUUCAGUUUUCUUGCGACUUUACGUUACUUCACCAAGCAAACAAAGAUGUCUGGACGAGGAAAGGGUGGCAAGGGUCUCGGCAAGGGNGGUGCCAAGCGACACCGCAAGAUCUUGCGUGACAACAUCCAGGGUAUCACCAAGCCUGCAAUCCGACGUCUCGCCCGUCGUGGCGGCGUCAAGCGAAUCUCGGGUCUGAUCUACGAAGAGACCCGAGGAGUGCUCAAGAUCUUCCUCGAAUCUGUCGUCAGAGACUCUGUGACAUUCUGUGAGCACAGCAAGCGCAAGACGGUCACAUCGCUCGAUGUUGUCUACGCGCUCAAGCGACAAGGCCGAACACUCUACGGAUUUGGCGUUUAGAGUGGUUUCUGUUCAGACGGCUAUGUAAUACUGCAUCCACAUGUUGACAAGCUC